CGAAAAUAGACUUUGGUUCAACAAAUAAUUAAGCCUAAAAUCUUUCCAGAAUUUUAAAGAUUUCACCACAUUUUUAAACAAUAUAUUUACACAAUUAGUUCUAACUGUAUGACUAUAACAAUUGUGAUUAAGCAUAUCUUCAUCCUAAUUGCCUGGUUCUAUAUAUAAUGGAGAAAUAUAAAAGAAUAAGAAGAAGAGUAGUGUGUGUAUAAAUUAAAGUGUAAAAGGUGGUGAGUGAUUGCAGGUUGAAGUGGAGAUGGCAAACCUUCCAAAUUCAAAGCUGAACGGCGAAGAGAAGAAGGAAAAAGAAGAAAGAGAAGAUGAAGAAAGCUUCUCGCGUGCCAUGCAGCUUGUGGGCUCCGUGGUGCUACCGAUGGCACUGCAAUCGGCGACGGAGCUGGGUGUGUUUGAGGUGCUGAAAGAAGCUGGUGAAGGUGCUAAGCUGUCUGCAAAGGACAUAGCAUCCAAGAUUUCCUGCACCAACCCACAAGCAGCCUCAAUGCUAGAUCGUAUCCUCACUCUUCUUUCCUCUCACUCCAUUCUUCACUCUUCCCUCGUUUCCGACCACCGUCUCCCUCCCACCUUUCACCGCCUCUACACCAUCACUCCCGUCGCCACAUUCUUCGCUCGCAAUUCCGAUGGGGUUUCACUGGGACCCUGGAUGGCCUUGAUCCAUGACAAAAUCUUCCUUCACAGCUGGAGUGAGCUGAAAGAUGCAAUUCGGGAAGGGGGUGUUCCAUUCAACAGGGUUUAUGGCACUCAUGCUUUUGAGUAUCCAAAGUUGGACUCAAGGUUCAAUGAAGUUUUCAACACAGCAAUGAUCAAUCACACCACUUUGGUGAUGAAGAAGAUUCUGGAAUCCUACAAUGGUUUGGAGGGCAUAAAAAGGUUGGUGGAUGUUGGUGGUGGACUUGGGAUCAACAUUAGCUUCAUCACUUCAAAAUACCCUCAUAUCCAUGGCAUCAAUUUCGACUUGCCUCACGUCAUUCAACAUGCUCCUUCCUAUCCCGGAGUGGAUCACGUUUGUGGAGAUAUGUUUGAAAAUGUGCCUAAAGGAGACGCUAUUUUCAUGAAGUGGAUACUUCAUGAUUGGAGCGAUGAAGAGUGUGUGAAGGUGUUGAAGAAUUUCUACGAUGCGAUUCCUGAUGAUGGAAAGGUGAUAGUCGUGGAAGCUGUUGUUCCAAAAAUGGCAGAGAGUAAUGACGCUUAUAAGGCAGUUUCACAAAUGGAUGUUGUGAUGAUGACUCAACACGUGGGAGGGAAAGAGCGAUGUGAACAAGAGUUCAUGGAUUUGGCAACUGAAGCUGGAUUCAGUGGCAUCAGACAUGAAUGUCGUGUCAACAUUUACUGGGUUAUGGAGUUCUUCAAGUAAUAUGCUAUGUUCUAUGUCCCUCAUUCAUCUGUUCUAUUUCUAAUGGUUUCUUUUAUGCAUUUUAAAUUAACAGAACAAGCUCAUGGUGUAUUAUACUAAAGCUUUUAUGUGUGAAUGUAAUCUGUGAUCAUGUUCUUCAAA